GGAGAAAGUCAUCUCAAAAAGUUUGGCGAUCAAUAGCGGUAACACCACAACUAAUCUAUCAUUUGGUUCUGAACUUUCAAUUAUAUCAUUAAAUUGCCACCCAGAGGAGGUCAACUCAGAAAGUUUGGCAAUUAAUAGUAGGGGUAAUACCGCAACUAAUCAAUUAUUUGGUUCUGAACCUUCGGUUAUAUCAUUAAAUUGCCACCC